UGAGCGAGGUCGCCCCUGGGAGAGAUUCAGGAUGCUUCUUUAGUGCAAGUUGGAGCAUGACCGAAACGCCAUUCAGGAACUACUCGCCAUGCCGAUCCGAGCUCAGGCAGAGCUUGACACAGGCGACGACUCUCUGGUCGCGCUGCCUGCUCGGCAGAAGCACUCAGUUCGGCCCUGCUCCAGAAGCAAGAAUCACAACUGCUGUGAGAAUCUCUGGCGCAGGUCAAAUAUGAUAUCGGAGGCAACAGUAAAGACUGUGGGAGGAGGGAUCGGUAGCCGGCGCUGAGUACCGAGCUGACUGUUUGCACAAUGCAAUAAAACUAUCUCACAACGGCUGGCCCAACCAAAAACCACACUAAACUGGCAGUGGGUACUCUGCCUGGGUCAAGAGAGCGGAUACAAUGCACUGCUGGCACUGCAAAAGCUUACCACCAAGCUUUGUGGCACACACAGGCUGCCCCACCAAGCGUACUGUCGGGACUGCUGGCUGACGUCGCGUCACACCAUUGAGACUGCCUCGAGCUGACUGUCGGCACUGCUGGCCACAUCGAACUGGCAACUGGUUCUGCUGGUCGGAUCGAACUGGUAGUCGGCACUGCACUGCUGGCACUGCCAGCCUUUGUGGCGCACAACGGCUGGCCCAAGCGGACCGUCGGCACUGCUGGCUGACGUCUCGUCGCAGCACUGAGACUGCUCAGUCUGACUGUCAGCACUGCUGGCCGGAUCGAGCUGGCAGUCGGCACUGCACUGCUGGCACUGCGAGGGUAUGGCUGCACGGCGAGAGGCGGAGGAGGAGGAGGCUAAGGAAGAGGGAGAUAAAAAAGAGGAAGAGGAGGCGAACGCACGCUGGACUGGAAGAGGCGGCUCGGGUGGAGUCACGGCGGCAGGCCGGAAAAAUUUCCACUCGUCGGCAGCCUUCAAAAACCAGACAAUCAGAAGUGAAAGCGUACUUGCUACUCAGCGUGCGAGAAUGAAAUGCCGCGGAUAAUGACAGUGGUGAGCACAUCACCAAUGAAAUCCCCCUUACGGAUAUAAAGUUAUGAAACUAAGAGGUCAGAUUCCACACCCUGCCAGCACGCAAAAAGAAGCAGUAGACGAGCGGCGCCAACGUGGGCGAAUGCAGCAAAUGAUAAGAUGACACGAGGUCGAGCGGCUUGCCAGGGCAGCCCCCGAAUUGAAGCCUGCCAAGCGUGGCGCGGCACUUCUCGCGGAUGGGGCGGAUGAGACGGCCAUGGACACCUUCGAAGAGCGGCUCAGCGGACACGGCUGCGCCAUGAGGCAGCGCGACCACUGGCAGUCGGGACCCUUCUGGCCGCCGAUGUCGAUCCUGAUCAGGGCUGGGGCUCGUCCGUUACGGGUUUCGACGUCGAGCCCGAAGGAUCAGCCCCCGCCGCGGGGACUCUGGAGCGCCUGGGCGCCGAGCGCCGAGGAAGCCCACGGCACGCAGCCUCGCAGGCCGCCCACUUCCGCACCACCAGCGGGAAGGCCACCUGGCGCGCAGGCAUCGCCCGAGAGCCCACGGCCGCGAGGCGGGCCCCACGGGCCGACCUGCCUCAGCAGCCACCGCGCGGGCGCCAGGCCGACAGCCCCGGGCGACGAACCUGCCCGCCGCGCGCGGCACCCGACCGCGGCGGGCAGGGGCCCGCCGGCUCCAGGCCGGCUCCCACGGCGACCUCACCGGCCGACUCGCCCCCCCGCCGCGCUGGCCGCCCCCCGCGCUGCCCGCUGGACCGGCCUGGCUGCCGCCCCCUGCCGAGGCGCCUCCGAGCAGCACAAGGCCCCGCCGUCGGCGCCAGCGCCGCCGCUGCUGCCGGGGACGCCCGCGCCCGCCCCGGCGGCGGCGCCGGCCCCGCCGGCCUCCCUGUCCCCGCGCCUCUGGGCGACCUUUCGCAGCUGCCUGCGCCUCUGCGUCGCGCGGCGCCUGCGUGCGGAGUCUGCAGCCUCGUGCGGCGCCGCGCCCGCGGCUUCGUCCAGGCUGCCGCUGCUGCUGCCGCGAUCGGCGGCGGACCUGGCGCCUCGCGCGGAGCCAGGCUUCCGUCGCGGGCCGCCCGCGGCCUGCUCCUCGUGCUGCCGCCGCUGUUGCUGCUGCUGCUGCUGCUGCCGCGGCUGGCCCCACGCCUGCCGCGGCGGUAGCGGCUCGGAGCGAGAACGCCGACGCACACAGACGAUGGGCUCGAGAUGGGGAGGGGGCGUGUGCAAGAACGUGUUGCGGAUCGGAAUCGAGCGCCACUCGCUUGCCAUCAAGCCACGGACGUCCGCGAAAGGGCCAGGCGGAAGACGGCGCGGGCUUGUCCCCGAACCGCU